CUUCGAAUUACAAACAACAUUGAAACUCUCGACUACCUUCGUGGGAUUAGCUGUCUGGAGAGAGACUUUGUCCACCUGGCCGACAAAGUCGUUAAGACGUCACUCCAGCUCUCCCAUGAGUGCAAUGACAUCAACAGGGAAUCACUAAAUCCCACGGAGAUGACGGAGGAGGUGGAGAGCUCGUGGAAGCACAUAUCGCAACUAGGCAACAUUGUGCAAACACACGUGAAACACGCCAGGCGCUACCACUUGGUGAGGGUGCAAUUUUACCUGUUCUUCCUGGCAAUAGACAACCUCCAUCAUCAGUUAAGCGAUUUAAAUGCGCACAUCGAGGACUUGCCGACGUGCCAGCGUCCUCAAGAGAAGCACAUCCUUGACCUCUCCGCAGAUAUCCACCAAACCUUGGUAAGAGCAGCCUUUUCUUACCAGUUGGCGAUAUGCCGGCGGAUGCUGCAGCGGAACAUCCAAUCAGCUGAUGCAGCUGCACUCAAACAUGAGUCACUAGUGCAGGCCUACGUGAACUGGCAGAAGCUCAAAUUGAAGCUUCCAAUGGUGGCUCCACUCCACCGUCGUAUGCCCCUCCCAGCAGGUCGACACUCUGGCACACUGAUGGCUCCGAUCAGCCUUCCAGCGUCGCCACAAUCAGGGAAGAUGCGGCGUCUGGAAGCCGGUACCCGCGUCCACGUGAGGGCCAAUCGACCCGCCGACCUGCUUCACCGUGAAUGGUUCCUGGAAGAGGAGGGUGACGGCGGACGCCUUGUGGCAUCCGUGCCUGCUGCCUUCGUGUGGCUCAACACCCCCGAAUCCUCACCUGAUCGAGCCAAUGAGAAGGCUCACAGGAGUCGCUCGCUGUGUUUACCCAGGUCGCGAAUAAACAACAAUCAGGCAGUCGAAGAAUUGCAAGGACAUCUUUUCGGAGUCUGGGAAAAGGCGUGCUCAAAGUAUGACCAAAUUCUGCGGGAAACAGGAAUCGCCUUUCUUAGUAGCACCCUAACUGACAAAGAGGUAAUCUGCCAUGCUGAAAUCCUUAAUGUUGGAGCCCUCAUUUUUAUAUAUAGAGCAUCAAGCGAAGAAGAAGUGGAACGAUUCAGAGAAGCCCUUCAGAAGAUGUCCGAAUUGGUGGGCAUCGUAAAGUACCAACAAGAAGACGGAACAGAGAACCUAAUCGACUUGAUAGACACCGCGAAAAGCCGUUUGACUAAACAGGGCCACAGUGGAAAAUUAGCCAUCGAUCCACUGGCUGCCGACGCGAUGGUUCAGGCAAUCGAUAUUUUCGAGGAGAUGGUUGGAUGUUUUCAGCGCUACAGUGCAUGUAGGAGCCCUGAUGUGAAUUUGCCUCGUGCACAGUUAAGCAAAGGAUGGAGGAAUGGAACGUCAAAUAAACUGCCCAACGCCAGAAAGACCCAAGUGGUCACACCUCAGACCAUCAUUGCACCAACUGAAAGCCAUCCAGUUGCAAGCGCAGCUCCAACAGAACUCUCAGAGGCACCGAAGGAACCAGAAGUCACCAGCCCUAAGAAGGAGAAGCGAUCCACUUCACGUCGACGCUGUCAUCGUCGAAGCCGUUCUGCCUCGCUGCCCUUCGACGACGACUCGCGUGCCCCUACCUCCCAGGCGGAGUCCGAGGCGAAUUGUCCCUACUCAUCGCCGUCAUCGUCGUCGUCGUUGAACAACCGAGCCCAACACAGCGUCUCGCUUCUCAAACGAAGCAAGAAGGCAGAUCAUGCUACCGGGGCGGCUGAGAAGCCGCGAGGUCGUAAACGCGACCGCGUCUACCGCCUCUUCCCGAGUCUGCUGCUGCGACGUCACUCCCGCAAGGGUGAGAAGCGAGGCACGUCAGAGGAGUCGGGAAACAGGCGGUCGACGAGCAGCGUGGAGGGGCGUCAAGACACACCAUCGCUUCAGCAGAAGCCUGGAGAAACCCUGACUCUCGGACGAGUCAACUACACCAGGAAGUCGGAUAUCGCGAGGUUGCGUCGACCACCGCUCGUCUUCUCCACGCCCUCCACGCUUGACUCGGGCAACGUGGCGGACGGCGAUUCGAGUGAAAUGAUAUUCCCUGGGUUUGAAGAGAAAGCCUACACCCAACCUGACGUCUCGUCCAUCUGCAUUGGAGUUGCCCAACGAGAAAAACCGCGCACAACGACUGGACGAGCCUCGAGGCUCUACUCCGUGGCUUGUCAGAGCGGCGUUUGUGCUGACUCCAGCAUGACAGAAGUUGACAGCGCAAUCGGAGACGAUAAGGCGUUCAUGCCGGUGGAAAGCUUCAGCAAAAAACUGCAAGUUGGCAGAUCCUUCACAGCCGUGAAGAUGGACGCCGAACGAGGUCAGGCGUCGCACGUCUACGCCAACAUCGAUCCCCAGAUGUUUUGCCAAAUUGAAAAAGCCACACCAAUUGAAUUUAGCAGUGAUGUACCAAGGGAGGAGUGUCCACACGUGGUGCUCUACGACAUCGGGGUUCAGGUCGACCUUCCAAACCGCCUGAAGGCCCUGCGCUGUCGUCUGGAAUUCGAGCAGCCGGGCGUCGAAAUCGGCGACAAGGGUGGACUCACCUGUCAGACGUUCGACGAAGCUCCGCCCAAUGUCGACCCAGACGCCGAAAAGGACUACAGGACGCUCAGUUUCCGAGUCGCCUUCAAUAACAAACCCCCUCGUUGCGCUAGCACCCUCUAA